AUGUGGUUGUCAAUCCACGUAGGAUCAUUAGGAAAAACCCUGGGAUGGGAGUGGGAACCCCAACCUGACCAAAGGUCACAGCAUCCCUCCUACACAACUAUCUUAGCACUAACUCACCCACACAGACUGACAGGAGGUUCAAACAAAGGUAAAAGUUUCGGCGCUGCAACCGCUUUCAAAAUAGAGAGUCUGCUCAAACUCUCAGACGUCCGUUCAGUCAAUCCAAAAUUCACUCUGCUGCAUUUUCUUGUUCAGUACACUCAGCCAUAUUUUAUGCAAUCUGUGUUUCAGGUUGUUCAACAACAUUAUCCACACUAUUUGAGUGUGCGAGAUGAAUUUCCUCACCUUAAAGAGUCUUGCGGAGUCUGCACCGAAGCCAUUUCCAAAGAAAUUCAGAAACUCCAGUGCAGGUUGAAAGUGAUGGUCAACCAGGUCGAAAAGGAAGACGAUCCACCUGAAGAUCUUCUAACUUUUAUUGAAGUUAUAGUAAUGACUUUUUUCAUAAAGGAAACUACUUACAAGGUUGCUGAAGACUCUUCGACAGCCCACGACCGGUUUGGCCCUUCUCGAGGCUCAUCAGGUAGGCGCAGUCCCCGAGCUUCCGUCAACCCUAUGUUCUACUCGAAUCCAAAUCGGACUGUUUUCGAGAAACACGCUCAGUUGCAAAUCAAUUUGGUUCUCACGAGAGACUCAGCUGAAUCUCUCACGGCCAAAACUGAAAUGGACCAGUUGGAGGCCCGGACGGUCCGACUGACAGAGCUGACCAAUCAGUGUGCCGAUUACUUUUCCGAAGAAAGGUCAAGCUUUAGACUCUCCAGCUGUUUGCAAACAUUUUCAACGUUUUUUACCAAAAUGGACUCUGCGGGACAGUGCCUAGUGCCGGAGAAAAAAGACUCACAGAAGGGAACACGACCGCUAUAUUCCGAACAAGCGAGUGCGAGUGCGAAAUAUACGACGUUCUCAAGCUAUUUAUUGGAAGAACACUGUCUGAACUUAGUCCAAAGCUGA